UGCCGUUUAUUGACCGUACUAAGCUGGGCAGGGAAGGUCCGUACUUCCAAGAACCACAUUCGAGCUCCGAUAACUCUCGGUGCCCCAAGAGGGUGGGACGGGGCCGUGUAAUGGCCGGUGAUGUUGGUGAGGAGAGAGAGGGAGUGCUGCAACUCGGAAGAAAAUAAAGCUCUUUCGUGGAGCUCGUGCACGCGUUUAGAGGGCUUUUUGCAAUUACUUUGCCUCAAAACCAUCCGGAAUCCGGCCCUUCCCAUCGCACUGCUACAGUCCUAGACACCUUUUCGCCCCAAACUGUGCAAGUGUCUCUUGCCGGGGCUUGCCUCGCUCAUCCUCAGUGCUGCGAACCUGAGGAGUUACUGUCUGUUCCCUGCUGAAAAGCCGGACCGGCACCUCUUCAAGAUUCCGCUUCUUUCAUCCGGAGUUGCCCCUCUCCUCCCCCACAGCCACUUGGGUUCCAGUUUAGUCUUGCCGACGACUUUCUCUGCCUGGCAUGCCCUUGCUCUCAAAUGUCACAGCUCCUAUGAAGCCUCACUCAAAUUCUAUAGGAAGCAAAGACCCACAAUGAUAAAUGAAGGUUUCUAAACCUCCAGUGACAUUAAGAAACCAAGCUCUUAUGGAUGAAAAUGAGAGAAGUCAUCUAUGUGCUGAAAAGUAUUUACAUCAGUUAAGAUCAUUCCCAGAACCUCAGAAGAACACUGCUGAGGGUUACUACUCUUCUGUUCUGCAUCAUCUGAGGUGGGAAGGAAUCCAGAGGAUGGCUCUGAGUGACUGUUUGCUUCUGAACUUGGAAGUGGACCGUUCCGUGCACUGCAACAAUAGUGUGGAGCUCCCCGUGAAUGACGACUGGUUCCAUCCAGCGAUCCUCUAUGUCAUCCCUGCAGUUUAUGGAGUCAUCAUUCUGAUAGGCCUCGUUGGCAACAUCACCCUGAUCAAGAUCUUCUGUACUGUGAAGUCCAUGCGAAACGUGCCGAACCUGUUCAUCUCCAGCCUGGCUUUGGGAGACCUGCUCCUCCUGGUAACCUGUGCGCCCGUGGAUGCCAGCAGGUACCUGGCUGACAAAUGGCUGUUUGGCAGGAUUGGCUGCAAACUGAUCCCCUUUAUCCAGCUUACCUCGGUAGGGGUGUCUGUCUUCACACUCACGGCUCUCUCGGCAGACAGGUACAAAGCCAUCGUGCGGCCGAUGGAUAUCCAGGCCUCCCAUGCCCUGCUGAAAAUCUGCCUCAAAGCCGCACUGAUCUGGAUCGUCUCCAUGCUGCUGGCCAUCCCAGAGGCCGUGUUUUCUGACCUACAUCCCUUCCAUGAGGAAAGCACCAACCAGACCUUCAUUAGCUGUGCCCCGUACCCACACUCUAAUGAGCUGCACCCCAAAAUCCACUCCAUGGCUUCCUUCCUGGUCUUCUACAUCAUCCCGCUGUCGAUCAUCUCUGUGUACUACUAUUUCAUCGCCAGAAAUCUGAUCCAGAGUGCCUACAAUCUCCCCGUGGAAGGGAAUAUACAUGUCAAGAAGCAGAUUGAAUCCAGGAAGCGCCUGGCCAAGACAGUGCUGGUGUUCGUGGGUCUCUUCGCCUUCUGCUGGCUCCCCAACCAUAUCAUCUACCUGUACCGCUCCUACCACUACUCCGAGGUGGACACCUCCAUGCUCCACUUCGUCACCAGCAUCUGCGCCCGCCUUCUGGCCUUCACCAACUCCUGCGUGAACCCUUUUGCCCUCUACCUGCUGAGCAAGAGCUUUAGGAAGCAGUUCAACACCCAGCUCCUCUGUUGCCGGUCUGGCCUGAUGAGCCGGUCUCACAGUGCCGGCAGAAGUACCAGCUGCAUGACCUCCUUCAAGAGCACCAACCCCUCCGCCGCCACCUUCAGCCUCAUCAAUGGAAACAUCUGUCACGAGGGGUACGUCUAGACUCACCCUUGACCCUGCCCCCCUGGUUUUGCUUUAUGGCUGGUGAGGAACCCUCGCAUCACUGGUUGUUUCUAUACCCUCCGAAGACCCUUUGGCAGGCUUGUGAGUGAUCUGGGUGGGUAGGGGAGAGGCCCAAAUGGGUCACUUGGAAGGCCUAUCAUGGCUUGCAUUUUCCAUUUCAACUUGUGGGCGCUGCUUCGGAGGUAGAACUUUCCCUUUUUAAGAAAAGGGAACAAAUAAGAAAUCUAUAUUUUAAGCAUUAAACCCUGAGAUACAGAUGUGCUCAACUAAGUCAUAGAAACUACAUGAACAGCCAGAUUUAUAUAGCAGAGAAAUUGUACAUUGACUGCUUUCUGAAAAACCUCCCCUUGUCAUUUCUUUAAGCAGAAGCUAGUGCUUUAUGAAUGUGAUUUGAGUCAUUUUUCAGGAAUAUUUAUAAUCACAAACCAAGGAACUUAUUUUUACACUUGUAAUGUGAAAAGCCAACCCUCGGAGAGUCCCAUAUAUACAGGACAGUCCCCAAAUUGAUAACACUGGAAGCCAAUUUCAAACAAAUCCCUGAGUUUCGAUUGUUUUUAAAAGACAUAGCUGAGGACAUAGGAAAAACAUUCACUGCAUCAUUUUAAGGCAAAAACACAACCAAACAUGCCGACACAUAUAUCAAGAUGCACAUGUGCCUGUGGAGUGACAGUUCUAACUCAGCGCAGGUCCU